UCUCGAUGGAUAUAUCUUGAUCUCAUCUUACUCUCCAAUCGGCGUGGAGAUCCCUCGAUCUUGCCUUCUCUCCUCAAGGAUCUUUUGAAUUUUCAUUUUUCUAAGUUUUUUUAAUCAAUUAUGCGGUUUCGAGAACCCUAAUUUCUAAUAGGCACGCAUAUCUUUUGAAAAAAUCGUCUUUUUUUGCGAUUAUAACGAUCGAUUCAUGUCAGCUUACAGUUUUAGUUCCCUGUAGAGAUCUUGCCACUGAUAUGAUUUAAAUCUGCACGUCUCCGGAUUUUAUUCAUGGCUAACAUAAAUCAGUUUUUUUUUAAAAAAUUUCUUUGGAAUGGAUUUGGGAUUUAGGGAUAUCUUUAUGUCUGUCUUGGUUUCACUUUUGUUUUCUGAAGUUUAUUUAGUUAUUCCGUUUUCAUUCUGUGGGAAUUAUGGCCUCUCUUUGUCAUCAUUUGGUUAGCAUUAAUCUGAAUGCUGUGCAGGAAGAGAUGAAGGGAGUGAAGGCACUUCUAUUAGGAAUUAUGUUUACAGCUGCACAAUUGCCACAUAUUGUUUCCUUUCCCACCACGGCACCUGCGUUUCUGUGGUCUCCGCACCAUCUGAGUUCGUCUCAUUUUGGUGUUAAAGAAGUUGUUGAAUACCGCACAAUCUCCUCAAAGAAUUUAGCCAAAUCAGUUCUGUCUGAGGGUGGUUGGUCAAAUUUGGUGUGCUCUGGGAAGGACCUUCAUGACAAUGUGGAUGUUGCACUUGUUUUUGUUGGGAGAAAGUUGCAAUCCUCAGACAUCUCUAAAACCCAUUACCUGGAUCCAGCUUUGCUAGACAUGUUAAAGCUCUUGUUCACAAGUUCAAAUUUUUCUAUGGCAUUUCCAUAUGUGGCCAUAUCGGAUGAAGAUGACACAUUGGAAAAUUCCUUGAUAUCAGGAUUUGCUGAAAAUUGUGGGCAUGGAUUAAAAGUGAAUCAUAUUGCUUACUUGGACUCUUGUUCUGUUAAUGGCAAAAACUUUAAGAAGCUUCAAGGCUUGCAUUCAGUACAUGACUUCGUGGGAUCAAGGAUGGAAACAAGGGUAAGUGGGCAGACGGAUCUGAUUGUGUUCUGCAAUGGAGGUUCCAAGGAAUUGGAUUACACCCAGUCAGAAGGGGAGGUUUUAUCUGAACUAAUCAGUUCACUGGAGCAGUCUGGUGCCACAUAUACAAUCCUCUAUGCUUCUGAGCCAUGCAGGUCAUUUCAGUACCCUACUCACCCGUCUUUGAGUAGGUUUCUAGCAGAAGACACCAGCACCAAUGGUUCAUCUAAUUCUACCCUCUGUGAUGGAGUUUGCCAAAUUAAAACAUCACUUCUAGAAGGGAUUUUUGUUGGGAUUGUUCUGCUUCUAAUAUUGAUAUCAGGUCUGUGCUGUAUGAUGGGUAUUGACACUCCAACAAGAUUUGAGACUCCACAGGAAUCCUGAUGUGUCCUGAAAGAGUUCAUUGUAUUAACCAGGCAGUAUCCUCAGAGAGAACACAGAUACAUGUGGAGUGUGGUUCAUAUGGGUCUGAAAUGUUGUCUAAUGUUGUAUCUCUCAUUUGUAAGGUGCCUUUUGGUCUUCUAUUCAAUAAUCCACAGCCGGAGAUAGCCAAUUUUUAUGACACCGGUAUUAACUCUUUAUUAAGAUUUCAAAAUCUGGCAAUAUUUUUGGCCAAAUUUCAGUGUACAGGAUUUUGGUUGUACCAUGAUUUUGUGCUGCUUUGUUUUUAAUUGCCAGAACUUGAAGAUUUUAGACAUUAAGCUCGAUUCUCAA